AUGCCCUUCAAAAACUUUCUCAAUUCCAUCGUAAAUAGCAACAAUACGGGUGGUUCUAGCCACACGACCCGAACUUCUCAAUCACACAGAGCCAAUCACAUGUUCGCCUUGUUGAACCCUUCCGGACAUUCCACUCUUAUUGAAGAUGGAAUGAUUCAUAUCGACAAUGAUAGUACUUUAAGUGCUCAUCAUCACCAACAACAACAACAACAACAAUUAAUACAAGGAAAUUCUUCUUCAACCUCCUCUCGUCAUUUUCCAUUACAACAACAACAACCAUCAACAACAACAACAACAACAACAACAUACUCAUCCGCCUCAACCAGUGGUGGCAGUGGUGGUGGUGGUGGAGACCACACAAGUAGUAGUAGCGGUCAUUCAGUCGAAGAAAUUGAAAUUGUCGCCGAAGACCAACAAUCCAAUGCUUCUCGUCAAGAAUUAAUUGUGACAAGUGGCAGUGGUGAUGGUGAUGGUCGUCGUGAUGACACAUCUAAAAAGCAAAAAGGAAGAAAAAAUUUGAAAAAUUCCUCGACAAGGCCAAGUCGAUCCCGAUCCUAUGACCAUCUUGAAAGUGUUGCAAGUGUCACCACGAAUAGUACGACUGCUCUUGAUUUGAUUUCAAUGCCACAAGGAGAGGCCUCUUCUUCGAAUCCACGCGUGAAUCAAAUGUCAUCAUCAUCGACAAGUCAACAUCAAAUGGAUCGACAUCUUAUCGAACAUGAUCGAAGAAUUCAAAGACAAAUUGAAUUGGAAUCAAAGAAACCAAAACGAGUACGAGUGUUAGUGUUGGGAUCUGGAAAAUCUGGAAAGAGUACUCUCAUUCGAAAAGUGAAAUUAAUUGACGGUGACUACACGUUAGAACAAGCCAAUGAAUUUAAAGCUAAAAUUUUAAAGUUUGUGUUAAAUAAUGCCAAAUAUGUGAUUAAGAAUUCACCCAACACUGAAUUGAAAGAUAAUAUCAAGAGAAAGAAUCAAUUACUGCAAAUGUGGAAAUUUAAUAAUCAAACCAUGAAUGGCAGUGCUGGUGGCUCUAACAUCCAAAAUUCGACAAGUCUCACUCCAACAUCUACUUCUUCGAGUCAUGCUAUUCUUGGAGCGAGUGCGAGUGGUAAUAGUAGCAGCAGCAGCAGCCAUGUCCUGUCGAACAAUGACAACAACUCUUCUUCGAAUAACUCACCAGGUCUCACUAUUUCACAACCACGAAAAUCAAUGUCGAUGACAGAUUCUACUUUGAGUCGAAUUUCCUCUUCACUUGGAGAGUCAUCUCCAAUUUCACAUCGAGUAUUAUCACCACCAAGUACUUUAACACAACAGCCAUUCAUCGAUGAAGGUCAGAGAAUUACAAAUACCUUUUUGAAUCCUGAAGCAGUUGAAUUGUUUAAGAGUUUGUGGAGAGAUAAGUGUGUAAAAAGUAAUUUUGAGCAAUUAUGUUUGAAUAAUUCAGUACUUUAUAAUGCCAAAUACUUUUUUGAUAAGAUUGACACGAUUGCAUCAAGAAAAUAUGUUCCAUCCUCAAAAGAUAUUCUCACCACAUAUAUUGCAUCAAAUGCCAUAGAGACAGUUCAAUUGAAUUAUACAUUUCCGUGUGAAUUUGUGGAUAUUACGGGACAACGAAAUGAAAGAAGAAAAUUCAUUCAUUCACAUUUUGAUAAGGAUUCAGUGUCAGCCAUUGUAUUUCUCGUGUCAUUGACAGAGUAUUGUGAAUAUUCAUUUUCAUUGUACCCUUCAUCGAGAGAUCAUGACAAUGACAAACAAAAAACAAACCAUGAACAACAGGAUCCUCUACAUUUUCAACCCACUCAACCAAAAGAGGACAAGCACAUCCUUUCUUCCAACAUGCAAAAUUCUCUUUCUCUCUUUAAAGAGAUUUUAAUGUAUUAUAAUGAUAUGCCAAUCAUUUUACUUUUUACCAAAUUGGAUAUUUUCAAGAGAAGAAUUAAGAGAGUGCCACUGAAUGUGUGUUUUCCUGAUUUUGACUAUUCUGGAGAUCAUGUAUUUUUAUACACUAGCUUUAUUGCAGAUAAGUUUAUUAAUGUAGACCCAACACUUCGACAGCGAUGUUUGUAUACUCAUUUUGUCGACUUGGUCAAUGAAGAUACUGCACAAAUGGUUCUCGAUGACAUCAAAGACAUUAUCCUUCAAAAGACAUUGAGAGAUCAUGGCCUGUUUUGA